UGGAUGGCCUCAACGAGCCGCCAAAAGUAUGGAACAAAUUAAAGUUGGCCGUGCUUUGGCUCUGGAGCCCGGAGCCAGCUUCAAGACUUGGAGCCGGAGCAGAGUUGGAGCUGGACUGCUGGAGCCGGAGCGGACCUGGAUUCAGGCUCACCAGAGUGCUCCAGAGCCUGGAGCCGGAGCUAAGAUCCUGGAGCUUCUCCACUCUCUCCUACCUUACUUUAAACACUCUGAUAUAAAAAAUAUGUCUUUAUAAAGGAGAAAUUCAAGGCAGAAAGCAUUCCGAGAUGAGUAAAGAAUCUGGGCACUCCAGCUGUAAAGGGCGGCAGUCUGCAGGGUCAGAAUCUCCUCAGCCAUGUCCCGUUCCUGAGAGCCUCACUGUGGAGAAUGUGCAGAGGCUGGAGCGGCAGUAUGAAGCAGAUGGGCGGUACAGCCCAGAAAAGGCUGUGGAGGAGUAUAUCCGGCAGACACACCUGUACUGCACACAGCAGAGAGCCAAGAGUGGGAGGACCGAGCAGCGGGAGAAAGAGGGGAGCCAGGGCAGUGCCAGAGCACAGUCCCUGUCAGGAGCCAUCUCAGUGGGAAUUGAGAAAGCCUCUGAUGGAAGCUGUGAUGCUGCUGUGGGAGGCUAUGGUACAUUGACAGAUGUCAGCGUAGCAAGUGCUUACAAGUUGCAGGUUUCAGACCCAAACCAGAGUGGAGCACCUUCAUCCACCAGUCACAAGAAAAUAACAUCUCCAGGUAGUGGAAGCAAAUGUACAUCUCCAGAGGAUAUUGGGGGCCAGGCACAUGAUAGCAGGGAGUGUGCUGCUGUGUGCUCCAAGACCCAAACUGGCAUGGACUGGAACUGGCAUCAGAAAACAGAGCCUGACGAUGGUAACGUAAUGAAGGAAGAGUCCCAACCUGACUCUACAGAGUUGGAAAUCCAAGAAUUAGAAAAUGAAAUUCAAGGACUAGUUGCCAGCCCCAGCUUCGAGUAUGAAGAUGUUCGAUCUGAAAAGCUGGUAGCAGAUGGCUUAUACCUUUUCCCAGAUGUUGGUCCGCCAAGUGUUCUUGCCUACCAUCCAGAGUCCAAACAACUUCCACCUGGUUAUGAUCCGUCUUAUGCAGAGUCGUCUAUGGGCAGUGAUAUGGAUGUCAGUAUCUGUGAGUUCUGCCAAAUGGAGAUCAAGCCCUUUGUGACGAGGGAGCAGCUUAACACAGACCCCAGUCCAGAACAUCUGUUCUGCUGUGAAAUGUACCACAUGAUGUGGAUGGAAACACUGGAUAAAGAGGAAGCCCUCCAAGCUGCAGCAGUACAGAAGAAGAUCAACAUCCAGCCAUCCCCACCAUUCAAGAGCAAGCAGGAGAAGAUCACAGCCAAGGAGAGAGCCGCGCAAAAAAUGCGGGAAUGGGAGCUAGAGAGAUACAAGAACUCCAGUGUGAACCAGGGCCACUUCUUCUCCUUGGGUCACCAGAUGAAAACCAUUUCCUACCGCCUGUCUGCUAUGAAGUCCCCGGAUCAAGAGGGCAUGUUUCCCACAGCUGAAGAGCAGAGCGACAUCUUUACUAUUGUACCAAGAGGACUGAAAAAGAGACAUCACAGAGUUCUUCAAAAAUUCUAUCCCAGUGGCAAAACUUUUCUCACUAUAUUCCCAGAUGGGACUGGGAACGUCUUUUAUCCAUCGGGUAGGGUUGCUGUUUUGAUCUCUUCUGUGAAUGCAGCUCUCUAUACAUACAUCAUCCAGGAAGACUGUUCCACUAAUCGCAUGCAAGCAGUCUUUACAACCAGGGGUCAGUCGACGUGCUACCAUCCCAACGGGGUAGUCAGGAUGAAUUUGCACAAGUUUGGUGGCUCGAUCUCGGAUGAGAGAGGAACGCACAGGAGGAGCUGGAGUUGGCUGGACUGGAGGCGGCAAAAUCAAGCAGCUCCCUUUAAGCCCCUCUUCCUGUCUCUAAACCCACAGACUAGCAUCCACGUCUUCUCCCAGGAACAAGUUGUUAUGACCUUUGCUGUCAAACAGAACAGCGUGAAGUUUAACAUGGGAACCAGACUAAAGCUGAAAGAUCCUUCAUUGUUACGGAAACCUUCUCUAGAUGUGCAUCGCCAGGAACUCAAAGACAAAACUCUGCAGAUCUACAACCUUCUGGAGAAGAUCCGAAACGCUGUGAAAUACCCACACCGUUCACAUGCCGAGAAGAUCCCAUCCCAGUACAACCUCACUGCUCAGAUUCAGAGACCAGAGGAGAAAGCUGCAAAAAAGCAUAAACUUCAUCCAUCAACUAAAGCCGCCAUAAAACAGAACUGUGCAUGAAUGUACUUCCCAAGACUAAUGACUAUUUUGUAUCUUUGUCCAUUACAUUUCUUCUUGCAAUUGAUAUUUCAAUCCAUUUAUUCAGGGUAAUUUGUUACCUUUCAGCGAUCAUGAGGCAAAUAUUGAGUCCUCAUCACGUUCCACAGGUUUUUACUACCCAGGUAAAGCUCAUAGCGCCACAUGUCCUACUCUGUAUUUUCUUCAUUAUUGUGUUAAUUUUCCAGCAUUUUUUUCAACUAAAUUUGGAUGCCAGUCUAAUAAGACUAUCUGAACUAUAAUUACUUGCAGUACAUUAUACAAUACAUACUCGUAGUUUGCUAUGUUUUGUUUAUAAGGGAUACUCUAUAGAAACACUUACUUGGAGU